CCGGAACCAGUUGGAGGAGGAUUCGACGUUUUGAAGAGUCACUCGCGGGCCGAUGCCGCCGAUGGGAGAUCCAGUGGUUGCAAAUGGUGCACCUGCAGAAGGAAGUGCAGAAGGCGGUGCUGUUGUGGAGCGGCGCGCGCCAAAGAUUACUCUGAUGCGUGUGGAAAUGACGACAGCUAUGAAGGACGAUGCGAUCAAUCAUUUGGGUGAAGCUCUGGCCACCAACGUCAUUGAAAAAGAUAUUGCAACGGACAUGAAGAAGUUCUUCGACCAAAAAUACGGCCCAACGUGGCACUGCAUCGUGGGCAAAGCGUUUGGGUGCUCUGUGGCAUACGACACCCAGUUUUUGCUCUUCUUCCGCAUGGACCAACUUUAUAUGCUCCUGUUCAAGUCAACGGAGUAGAUCUCGUCGUGGCAUUACGUUGUUAACUGACUGAGUGAUCAUGAACACACUUUUCGUCUCCG